AUGGCUCUAACUCGCGUAAUGAGACUACUAUCGACGGCAUUCCUAGCCUCAGCAGCACUUGCUGAUGUCAGGACCUACGACUUCACUGUUGGUUGGGUAAACAGAAAUCCCGAUGGACAACACGAGCGACGAGUCAUGGCCAUCAACGGUCAAUGGCCUAUUCCAACAAUUCAUGCCACUGUCGGUGACCAGGUCGUUGUCAACUUCAAGAACGACCUUGGAGACAGGCCGUGUUCCCUUCACUUCCACGGCCUAUACAUGAAUGGCACUACUCAUAUGGAUGGCGUAGCCCAAUCGACACAAUGCCCAGUGCCAGCUGGUUCAGUGUUUACCUAUAGCUUUAACGUUACCCAGCCAGGCACAUAUUGGUACCACUCGCACGUUGACGGCCAAUACCCAGAUGGUUUACGUGGACCUUUGAUUGUACGCGACCCCGAGAAUCCCUAUGCUGAUCAGUUUGACGAAGAGCUGGUUUUGACUCUGUCUGAUUGGUAUCACGACGAGAUGCCAGGUCUAAUAUCCUCGUUCCUAAGUGUCACGAACCCGACUGGUGCAGAACCUGUACCUAAUUCGGCCCUCAUGAACGAUACCCAGAACCUGCAGAUACCGGUUCAGCCUGGAAAGACUUACUUCAUUCGAAUUGUCAAUAUGGCUGCAUUUGCAGCACAAUACUUCUGGAUCGAAGGCCACACUUUCCGCAUUAUUGAGUUAGAUGGAAUCUACCAUAAGCCUACCGAAGCAGAACAGAUUUACCUCACUGCAGCUCAGCGUGUCGGUAUUCUGCUUACGACGAAAAAUGAAACCACAGAUAAUUUUGCAGUCGUUGGUUCUAUGGACCAAGAUCUUUUCGACCAGAUUCCCGAUGGCCUCAACCCGAACGUCACCAGUUAUCUUGUCUACAACAAAGACGCACCUAUGCCAAAUGCCACGGACAUUGAAGAAUUUAAUCCCUUCGACGACACAGAACUAGUCCCUACCGAUGAAGAAGCACUGUACGAGGACCCAGCAGUAAGUUACACAAUCGACGUCAAGAUGGACAAUCUCCGUGACGGCGCAAACUACGCAUUCUUCAACGAUGUCACUUUUGUCCGUCCUAAAGUCCCAACACUAUAUACAGUCCUUACCUCUGGCGACCUUGCGACAAACGAGACUGUCUAUGGCGUCAAUACUCAUCCUCUCAUUCUGUCACACAACCAAGUUGUCGAAAUUGUCCUCAACAAUCACGAUCCAGGCAAGCAUCCUUUCCAUCUACACGGUCACGCUUUUCAAGUCCUGCACAGAGGAGCUGAAGAAGGCGGAGACUGGGAUCCUGAAGCUCUCCGCAAUGGCUCUGUGACAUAUCCUGCGACGCCGAUGCGUCGAGAUACACUUCUCGUCAGGCCAAAUGGUAACUUCGUCAUUCGUUUUCGCAGUGACAAUCCUGGUGUCUGGCUCUUCCACUGCCAUAUCGAGUGGCAUGUUGACAGUGGUCUCAUCCUGACAUUUGUCGAGGCCCCACUCCAGCUGCAGCAACAGCUCAACGGCAAGAUUCCUGAAGAUCACUUCGACGCAUGCCGUGCACAAGACAUGCCGAUCGAGGGCAAUGCUGCUGGAAAUACUGUCAACCUGCUUGAUACCACAGGUAUGAACGUAUCACCAGGUUUGCUACCAGAAGGCUUCACGCCAAAAGGUAUCGUCGCGCUCACAUUCUCGAUUCUUGCUGGCCUUCUCGGCAUUGCUACGAUUGUCUGGUACGGACUUGGUGAGAUCAGCAAUGUUGAGCAGAGAGAGGCGGAGCAAAAGAUCGACGCCUUUGCGGAGAAGAGUGGUGGAGUCGUCGAAGUCUCUGGCGUUCAUGCUGCGAGUAUUCGAUCUGGCGGUGGACAUGCGGGAAGUGGUCCACUACAGACAAGAUAG